AUGCUGUUGCAGUUUGAUGUCUUGUCAGAAGCAGUACGACAUGGGAAAUCUGAUAUAGUGAAGUUAUUGUUAGAGAAAGGAGCUGAUCCUAACAUGUUUGAUGUCUUGUCAGAAGCAGUACGACAUGGGGAAUCUGAUAUAGUGAAGUUAUUGUUAGAGAAAGGAGCUGAUCCUAACAUGUUUGAUGUCUUGUCAGAAGCAGUACGACGUGGGGAAUCUACUAUAGUGAAGUUAUUGUUAGAGAACAGAGCUGACCCUAACAAGUUUGAUGUCUUGUCAGAAGCAGUACGACGUGGGGAAUCUACUAUAGUGAAGUUAUUGUUAGAGAACAGAGCUGACCCUAACAAGUUUGAUGUCUUGUCAGAAGCAGUACGACGUGGGGAAUCUACUAUAGUGAAGUUAUUGUUAGAGAACAGAGCUGACCCUAACAAGUUUGAUGUCUUGUCAGAAGCAGUACGACGUGGGAAAUCUACUAUAGUGAAGUUAUUGUUAGAAAACAGAGCUGACCCUAACAAGGAAAGUACUAUUACAUUUUCAAUUAAAAAAGGUAGUUCACGACAUGUUUUAGUUCAUAUUCAAAAUUCAACGUUCCCUAUUAAAUCAGUAACUUUGAACAUCCUUUCUAUGAAUAAGACCCAUUGUCACAUGGAUUCCAAUGUUUGAUAUGUGAAGUUAGAAUUUGGUAUUAUGUUGUUGUUUCCACUGUCAUUGCCGGAUUAACUACAAUAAACUUCAUGAUAAACACAUCUAAUCAUUGUCGUAUGUAAAUGUGUCUUUUCGGCAUUUCACAGCAUUAGUUCCAGAAUAAAAAUGGAUCUAAACUUUCUUGAAGAACAUCAUAGAUAAAAAAAAAUUGCAGUUAGUGCGGGAAUAAUAGAAAUUUACAUGAAUUGUAAAUUUUACUUAAAGUUGAAAAAACAAUCACUUAAAAUAAUUACUGUUAUCACAUUUGACUUGACCUUUUCAAAAAUAUUACUUAUUAAAUUUCUUUUUGAAUGUCAUUAAUAUGAACUGAUUUUUUUCACAAUACGAAGCCAUACACCUAACGUGAUGUAAUAUGAUUACAGGUACAAGGAUAUUUAGUGUGGUACCUGGCCUGUCAUGUUGUUUCAUUACUAACGUUUGUAGUGUUGUAAAUUGUACCAACAGAGGCACUGCUUUUCCAUUAGUAAAACAAUAAUUCCUCUGCCCGUUUGAAAUUGGAAGUUAAAGACGUUAUAAAAUCUAAAGUGUUCAAUGAUAAAACAAACCAAUAACAAAAUGUGUUUGUCGUUGACCAGUUAGCUGGUUCGGAGAUACAUAAAAUAUAUCGUUUCAUUAACUUUGACCUACUAACUUGAAAUAUGCCAUUACUUGCUAUAAACCUAGAUACAUGCAACUCACCGGCCACAUAGAUAAUAAUGUGGUUAUGCAAAGGAGACUCAAAGAAAAGUGAAAGUAAAUGAGGUUUAUUUUGAGCAAGCACAUAUCCCUGUUUAUAAAUAUAAAAAAUACAUGAUGUUGCUGAUUUUUUCUUCUAUGCUUUAAUUUAAUCAUACAUGUUAAAAAUGAAGUUCUUCCUCUUGUAUGCAUAUACGCAAAUGUAUACGUAGUUGAUAAUUGUUUAUUUAAUGGUUCCAUGUAGACAUUGAUGUAGUCACAUUGUGCUUCUGAACCAAACCUCUAGAUAUUUUAAAACAUCAACAGCAAACGAUGACAGUUGUUUAUCGGUAUCGAUAUGAUUU